GUAGAAUGGCGGUGACUGCGGGGUGGGGGGCGCAGCAGGGUGUGCGUGUUUGUGAGCGUGUUUGAGGCUCGUCGAGCAGCAGGGGAACUUGAAAACUUCCCCGCGUCCAGCGAGAGGCACAUCUGCGACCGAUCGGGCCCGGAAUCGGCUGCUCACAGCGCCGCUGUAGACCGACAAGAGGACCGGGGUCCGGUUCUCGGCGUUGGAACGAUUUCCGGGACAUCAUGGAUGAUUUAGAUGCUUUGUUGGCGGACCUUGAGUCCACAACAUCCCACAUUUCCAAGCGUCCGCUCUUCCUGGCUGAGGAGGACGCGUACUCCCUCCCUGUUGGGGGUCAGAACCUCUGCUCUCCACUCCAAGUCCCGCCCUCGGAGCUAAACGGACUUGAUGAUACACAGUCCUUCAGCUCCGCUCAGAGAAGUCCUUUGUCUGGAGAGAGCAGCAGUCCAACUCAACCCGUUGGUGAAGAAGACCACGUGUACAGUUUCCCUAACAAGCAGAAAAAUAGUGAGUCAUCAGCUGUUGCCAUGAACUCCGCCUUGGGCAGCAACCUGUCUGAGCUGGACCGCCUGCUGUUGGAGCUCAACGCUGUCCAGCAAAGCACCCCGGCCUUCCCCACAGAAGAAGAAGCACCUCCCCCGCUGCCCGCCAGCAGCGUCAUCCACCACGUCCAGGAAAACGGCGUCUCUACUUCCGGCAAGGUCGCGCCACGCGUGUUGGAGAAGCCCAAGCGCAGCGCUGCAGCUCGGGCAAUAGAGGAUGUACGACCAAGUGUAGAGAGCCUUCUAGAUGAGCUGGAGAAUUCGGUGCCCUCACCCAUUCCCACGCCCUUGGUUGUGUCAGAGCAACACACGGAUGGACAAGAGGAAACUCCGGCACAGCAGCAAGCCAGAAUGUCGGCCUCCUCUGCCACGCGAGAGCUGGAUGAGCUGAUGGCCUCCCUGUCCGACUUCAAAGUCCAAAGCAAUUCUGGCUCUCAGUCAUCUGUGAAUCAGGAGGCAGUGGACCCUUCCCUGGUAGCUGGUUCCCCAGGAACAACCCUGUCUAUACACCCUCACAUUGGUUCAGUGCAUACUCUCCUAGCUUCUAGUUUCACUACGCCGCCCUGUAGCCCUCUUCCUUUGGAACUCCAUAUAGAUGAAGAUGGUACUUCGGCCUCGCCGUCUGCAGCUUCUUCCUCUGUAGUCAAUGAAUCGUUCAAGAGCCUUCAGCACUCCCGGAUCCAACAGAUGAAUCAUGAUGUCAGUGUCACGUGUGAGAGCACUCGGGAGGAGAGCUUCAGUGUCUCUAGUAUCACAAAGCCUCCUAGUCAAACGGAAGACAACAGCAGGACACACACGUCCAUCACUCUAGUCUCCGCUAAUACGAUCGCUAGUGACCGAGGUUCUAGUCCAGUAACCACUACCAGCGGCUCCAGUCGAGUAGUUGUUUCAGGCAGCUCCAGUCCUGUUAGUCUCUCUAUAAACCCCAGCACCAUUGUUAGAACCCAGAGUCCCAGUCCACCUGAUCUUAAAUGCUCAAGUCUAAAUUGGUCUUCAAAGAAUCCAAGCCCAAUCCCUAAAAGCUCCGGUCCACUUUCUAUAAGUCAUCCCCCGGUAGACGGUAAAAAGACUGCUGGUCCAGUUCCAAAAAGUGUUUGCGCAGAAAUAGUUCCCAAGAGUGCUAGUCCAGUGUCAAUUGCACGACUUUCAAGUCCAGUACCACCCAUUGCAAGUCCUGUAACAGUCCCGUAUGUCUCUAGUUUAGCACGGGUGUCCAAGGGUUCUUGUCCCGAUACAUUGCCAUUGGCUGCUUGCCCAAGGAUUUCAAGUCCCGCCUCAGUCUUCAGAAAUAAUUACACAGUCCCAGGUACCAGUAGUCCCAGAGCUUCACCGCUUCCAGCUGUACCAUCAAACAGCCUGUCCCUCCAACUUACAGAAAAGCAGGACGGCGAAAUGAUGGAUUCUAUGUGGCCAUGUCGGGAACCUUUAUUAGACGAUGCUUUAGACAAGCUCUUAGCCCCCAACUCCUCCCGAAUGAGUGACAUCCUGCCACCUUCUUCGGUUACGUCCGGGGAUGGAGACCGGUUUUGGGAGGAGGAAGACGGAAUUUACCCUGAUCUCAGCCAAGAUGGAACCCUGACACCCAUGACUGACUCCAGCUGGAUGGAUGAGUGUUUCACCCCUUCAACCUGCCCCGGGACACCAGAUGCAACGCUGGACCUUCCCGCACAGCAGCCCUCUGCUGUCGAUCGACUCUCUGCUUCUGGCCAACUGAAGUCGGUUAUCCGCCGCACCAAAGAGACCUCCAAUGUGCAUCCAAUGUUCAGGGAAGGAAUGUUGCGACGUAAAAUGGGACCGGUCAUUGUGAAUAAGAGCAACUCGCAAGACCGACUUAUUGUGGAGCUGCAGGGGAAACUGGGAAUUGGGCGAGUGGAGCGCAAGCGCAAACAACAGCCAGACGAUUGGAUGACAGAGGGAGUCAUCGUCAUGUCCAACCCUCAGCGAACGCGGGAAGAAAGGCUCCAGCCAUCUGUGGAUAAGAUCAUCAUCCCUCCCGAAUCCCCCGCCCCACAGAGAAAAAUCCUCCCCCCUCCGCAGUCUCCCCCAGCGCCCAAAAAGUUACCCCCCGUGAAGCAGACUCCUCCCCCACUACCUCCUCCCCCUCCCCCACCCGCCCCUCCCCCUCCUCGAGAACCUCCCCCUCCUCCCCCCAAGGACCCGACCCCUCCCCCUACUUCUCCCCCUAAGGAAGAUACUCCACCCCCCAGGGAACCUACGCCCCCCCCUUUCCAGCCACCUCCAGCACCUAGCCCCCCUCCAAAGCCCGUCACGCCACCUCCGCCUCCCAAGGUCUUUGUGUCAGUGGGCUGUCAGACCGAGUAUGACCCCAUCUUCCCACCGAUGCAGAUCCUGUCCCAGGGAAAGACCUCUCCCACCGGCCCCCCAAAACCAGCCAACAAGCUGGACAACAUGCUUGGAAGCCUGCAGUCCGACCUCAACCGGCUCGGAGUCCAGACGGUGGCUAAAGGUGUUUGCGGAGCCUGCAAGAAACCCAUCGUUGGGCAGGUGAUGAUAGCGCUGAAUUACACACACACACACACACACACACACACACACACACACACACACACACACCGACUGAGCGUUUGGUUGUCCUUUGUUUUACAGAGAGUUGUGACCGCUUUGGACAAGACUUGGCAUCCAGAGCAUUUCUUUUGUGCCCAGUGUGGAGCCUUUUUCGGGCCAGAAGGUUUCCAUGAGAAGGACGGGAAGGCGUUCUGCAGAAAGGACUACUUCGACAUGUUCGCCCCUAAAUGUGGUGGCUGUGCCCGUGCCAUCCUGGAGAACUACAUCUCUGCCCUCAACUCACUGUGGCACCCCGAGUGCUUCGUCUGCAGGGAGUGCUUCACGCCUUUCAUAAACGGCAGCUUCUUCGACCACGACGGCCAGCCGUACUGUGAGUCGCACUACCACGAGCGCCGCGGCUCGCUCUGCUCCGGCUGCCAGAAGCCCAUCACGGGCCGCUGCAUCACCGCCAUGGGCAAGAAGUUCCACCCGGAGCACUUUGUGUGCGCUUUCUGCCUUAAGCAGCUCAACAAAGGCACCUUCAAGGAGCAGAACGACAAGCCGUACUGCCAAGGCUGCUUCGUUAAGCUCUUCAGUUAGACCGUGUGCUCGUGUAUAAAUGCGUUUGUACACCCGUACACACAUUGAUUUUACUAGUCUGAAUGCACGUGUGGAUGUGUGUGUGCACUCACGUGUCUAGCAUGUAUGAGUCGGUGAGUCACGUCAUUCGGUAUUGCCCCUCGGCAUGGAAGGGGCUUCCCCCGGAUGUCCGACCUCUCAGGCUUGGCCUUUCACACUUUUGCUAAAGACAUUUUUAACAGAGCCCAAAGAGAUCUUCAUUUAAGGUUUUCCUUGAGUGUGCAGCAAAGAAAAUACCCCCCCCCCCCCUCCCGGAUUCUUUUAGCUUUAGAAACUAUUGAGGUGCCAUUUAAAAAUGACCGUGAAAAUACUCACAUACAUGCACACAGACACACACACCAAACGUGUCCGUCUUCUUCUUUACUUCUUUAAAAUACCACUUCAAACUUUGCACACUCCAACCAUAGAUCUCUUGAUGAGACAGUCUUAAGGUGCAUUUUACAGGAGCCAGAUGUUAGCUAGUUGUUAUUUUUCUACUGUUUUACUAUGAAAUUGAACCCAGAGGUUUUGAGCAUACGUAGGAUUCAUGUUUGUGCUCUUGUGAAUUCAUUAUUGCCCAUCGGGAGAGAGAUCCAAGAUGAGUCUAUAUAAAUACAUUAGGCCAAGUUGUACCUGCUUACCACAAAGUCUGCAUAGCGUCAGUUACCCUCAAAUAAAAUGAAACGCUAGUGACUGAUGAUGACAAAAAGGAAUCAAUAAGAAUAAUAUAUGUAUUACGGCAAAUACGGCUGAACUUACAAUAUGAAUUUAAAACAAGCCAAAACAAAGUUGAUUGUCUUUACUCCACUUUAAAAGUAAAGAUUUUCAUGCUUUAUGUAGUUUUAAUUUAGAAUAGAAGUUUCUCCUGUUCAACAUUUUUCCAUAUUUUACUAUUGCUACUGUCAUGAAUUUAUCACUGUAUUGAUUCUAUUAAAAACCCUGGUUAAAGAUUUACAAUCUGAUUGUGUUUUAGAAGCAUGCUUUCUUAUAUGUGGAGUUUUAGCAGCAGUGGCUGCCAGUUGCUGGUACAAUCAGAAUCUAAAUUUGUAUUUAGACGGCAGAACCGUGUUUUGUCACCUUUUUAAUGAAAAAAAAUAUACGUAUAAAUAUAUUUUUGAGCUGUUUGGGUUUACACUGAUAUGCAAAGAGCUGGCUCUAUUGGCAUGCAGGCUAACAGUAGUUUCAGUUCUCACACACAAGUACCAGCUUUGAUUCCAGUGUGUAAGACUUUCAAGGAAAUGCAGCCCUAAUUAUCACUUUGAGUCAUGAACUAUGACCCUGAGCGGAUGUUAGUACUUGACUCACUGAUGGAAGCUGGAUUUUGGUGUUUGCUGGUCAGGAAUCAGAAUACGACACCAAGCCACAGCCAAGCCUCUAGCGACAUUGAUGUUAUGACUCGUUUCACCUUUAUUUUACGUGAAGCUGCGUUUCGUGACAUGAGAAAGAUUGCUUUUCUUUUUUUGGGGACAAUAAUACUUUGUAAUUUUGAUUCACUGUGUGCGCACAGAGUGAAUAUGCAGUAUUUACAUUCAUUUUGUUUUUACUUUGAUGUUUCUCUUGUGUCAAAUGCGUCAAUGCAAUAAGGUCUUAUACACUGUGGAGUUCUCAGCCUUUCGUUUGAUUCGACUCUUUAUGGGCUGAAUUCUUGGAGAGCUUCGUCUGCUGUGGUGCAACUUAACAGCCAAUAGUUUACGCUGAUGGACAAGGGGUCCAUACCGAGUCCCUCAGCAGAGAGUAAAGUGUACACUUGUAGCUGAUUCAGAUUGACUGGAAGUAGCAGGGGGACAUAAAGAGGAAUUAUGAGUUCGCUUUGCCCCAUGCAUAUGUAUGUGCUUACUGUAUACUGCCUUAUCAUUUUGGAUCCUGUCAAAUAAUUCAUUGAAAAAAAAUCUAAGCCUUUUACUGUUAAUAAUAUUAUGUGAACUUUGUAAAUGGAGACAUUCUUGUGAAACUUUACAAAUUACAUUUUCUUGUGAGCCACAACUUUUCUGCCGUUUUGUGUGGGUGGGGUGUAAGCCCAUGUGGGUCCUGAUUACUGAAUGAUUAUAACUGCUGCAAAUAAAACAAGUGUUUCUGGCA